UCCAAUAGAUAAAAUUGUCGUCGUAGAUCGCAUUGAAAAUAUAAAAAUAACAAAGUCUUAUCUUCAUUGGGUUUUUUGCAAUUUCAUUGCUUGUUAAUCGUCCUAUAGAUUUGCCUGACGAAACAGUUAUUUUAAAUGCAAUUGAUUUGCAUGUGAUACCCAGUUAAAAUCGUGGAAAAUAUUAGAAUUAACAAAAGCAUAAACAAUAAAAGACAUUGCAUUUGAAUAGAUUUAAAAACUAAAAACAUUUUCCAAUUAUGGCACUGUUAAUUAGGACCAAUCACAUCCUAUUGAAAUCAUUACGACACGGUAAUUUAAUGAAGAUUUUGGCAUGUAAUUUUGCAACAAUUCGACCGGGAAAUCGAAAGAUUUUUGCUAGUGCUGAAGAUGCUGUCAGUGAUAUUCCAGAUGGUGCUAAAUUGUUGGUUGGUGGUUUUGGAUUAUGUGGAAUUCCCGAAAAUUUAAUUGGCGCAAUGCUAAAGCAAGGCGCCAAAGAUUUGACAGUUGUUUCAAACAAUGCUGGCGUUGACAAUUUUGGUUUGGGACUUUUGCUGAAAAAUCAACAAGUUAAACGAAUGAUAUCAUCGUAUGUGGGUGAAAAUGCUGAAUUUGAAAAGCAAUAUUUAACCGGUAAAUUAGAAUUAGAAUUAACGCCACAAGGUACAUUGGCCGAACGAAUUCGAGCUGGAGGUGCUGGUAUUCCAGCAUUUUUUACACCUACCGCAUACGGUACACUUGUACAUGAAGGCGGCUCACCAAUUAAAUACAAAGAAGAUGGCACCGUUGAAAUUGCCAGCGGAACACGACAAGAGCAAAUGUUUAACGGCAUCGAUUACAUAAUGGAAGAGGCCAUCGUUGGCGAUUAUGCAUUAAUUAAAGCACAAAAGGCCGAUGAAUUGGGAAAUUUGGUGUUCAGCAAAUCGGCAAGAAAUUUCAAUCCGACCAUGUGUCGGGCGGCCAAAUGUACUAUUGUUGAGGUAGAAGAAAUUGUACCAGUCGGCGAAAUUGAUCCAGAACAUGUGCAUGUACCAAGCAUUUAUGUGCAUCGAAUCAUUCAAGGUGACAACUAUGAAAAACGUAUUGAACGACUUAAAAUAACAUCGGAGUCCAAUGAAUCGGAAACCGAACUUUCAAAUGCCGCCAAAAUGCGUGAACGAAUUGUUAAACGUGCAGCUCUUGAAUUCGAAGAUGGUUCAUAUGUUAAUUUAGGCAUUGGUAUGCCAAUGUUGGCCUCAAAUUACAUUCAAGAUAAAGAUGUAAUGUUACAAUCAGAAAAUGGCAUAUUGGGUCUGGGACCAUUCCCAACAAAGGAUCAGGUCGAUCCGGAAUUAAUAAAUGCUGGAAAAGAAACUGUAACUAUUUUACAGGGUGGAUCAUACUUCAGCUCAGAUGAUUCGUUUGCAAUGAUUCGAGGUGGACAUAUCGAUGUAUCGGUAUUAGGUGCAAUGGAAGUUUCACAGUAUGGCGACUUAGCCAACUGGAUGAUUCCUGGAAAACUAGUAAAGGGAAUGGGCGGUGCAAUGGAUCUAGUCGCGGCGCCUGGCACAAAAGUAAUUAUAACGAUGGAACACAACUCAAAGGAUGGAGGUCAUAAAAUCCUAAGCAAAUGCAAUUUGCCAUUAACUGGCAAGAAUUGUGUGAACAUGAUCAUCACAGAAAAGGGUGUAUUUGAGGUAGACAAAGAAUCCGGCUUAACGUUAAUCGAAAUAGCUGAAGAUGUUCAAAUUGAAGAUAUUAUCGCUAGUACAGGAUGUGAAUUUUCAAUAUCUGAAGAUCUAAAACCGAUGAGACAAUCUUAAAACCUGAUGAUCACCUGCCUUUCCAUUAAAAUUCAUAUAUACCAGAUCUGGGCUUAAGCCAAUUGAAUCAGUGCUGCUAUUGAUGGUUGCUGAUGGAUAAUGGUACACACGUGAACAUAAAUAGCAGCUGAUUAUAAUGACUACUUAACUCGAGCACAAGUCUGGUCAACAAUCAAAUGCCAUUGCAUUUAUUUUAAUGAUUUGUUUUGUAUCGAAUAAAAUUAAUUAAUUUGUUUUUUUAAAAAAGAAGUACAAUAAAUGAAUUUUAUUGUAAUUA